AUGUCUAAUAAAUUGGUUGUUGGGCCAGAUGAAGCUCAGGAUAUUUCUGUUACUGAGAAUGUAAGGUUGUCCUUUACGAAGAAUUUAGAAAGAUUGUCUAAUGUAAUCGCAUUGGCUUUCGAAAAGAUGCCCUGUAAUGACUACCUCAUGAGGAAGUUUCUGAACGUGCCAGUGACGGAGCCAUAUUCACAGUAUAGAGUCAAUGCUAUUUCUAACUAUUUGACCGCGUUCUAUUAUGAUAACGGUGCGGAACUGGUACAGGCUAAUGACUUCCAUGCAGUUGCCAUUUGGACGACUCCGAAGACACCUGUAAAUAUGCCAAGAACCAAUGAUGAAAAGUUCAAUCAAGUAUUUUUCGAUGAAUUGGGCCAAAUAAAGGAAAGACUCAUUCCGAAGGAAAUCCAAUACUAUUAUUUAUUCGUAAUUGGUAGAGACCCAAAUGACAGUGUCACAAAAGGCUCUGUCAGGUCAAUAUUUGAAUAUUACAUAGAUAGAGCUGAUAAAGAAAAUGCUGCUAUUGCCCUAGAGGCUAUCAGUGAGUCUGCCAAGAAAGUUUAUGAAUAUUUUGGAUUCAAAAAUUACAAGACAUUCCAAUACGGUGUAGGCGAAGUUGAUUCUCAGGGAGUUGUCGAUUCUAAUGGACAAGGUUUUACCGGUUAUCUUAUGGUUUAUCACAAGGAUGCUGAUAAGUUAUUUAACAAAUUAUAG